AUGAGUCUGGAAUUCUGCUGUUUUCGGUCUUCUGCUAAGAUACGCCUAACUACCUUAGGCAUAUUUCCCUUUCUGUCCACUCCUCCCUUUGUGGUUGCAACCAGCGUCACCGCGGCAACUCGAACCUUAGAUCCAGACAAUCGGUGGGGACUGCAUUUUCCCAACUUGAGGCUUUAUUUUACUGCUUUCCUGAUGACCAUGUUCCUUUCUACUGUGUACAUAAAACCUCUCGAGAAGGAAUAUGUUUUCAAACAAAUCUUUUUGCUGACUAAACUUCAGUCUGAUGUACGCAACGCAGUCUCAUCGUGUGGCGUCUCAAUAUUCGUGUUUGACGAGGUUCAUAAAAUGCCUCCAGGUGUCUUGAAUGCACUCGUUCCCUUCCUCGGUUUCUCCCAAUCCAUUGAUGGUGUGGACUAUCGUCGAUCCAUCUUCAUAUUUCUCGGGUAA